CGGUCGGUUUUCCAUUAACAAAAACCAAAAAAGUAAAAUAAUCGAAACGUUUUUAAUCUCGUGAUUACGAUUCGUGUGAUUGAUGAAAUGAACGAUUCAGUGUCAAAGUUUUAUAUCAGUGUAAUGUGUGUAUCUACAUAUAUGUAGUUAGAUAUUGAUAUGGUGGCAUAUCGCGUGUGCAAGUGAGCAUAUGGUUAACUUAAAUUCAAAGUUCACUUGACAAUUAGCUCGAGAUACAUUUGUAUCUGCAAGAUACUUGUGCGUAUUACUCACAAAGUUUGCAACUGAAGCUUAGCAAUCCGCUCUCAGUGUGAGUGUGUGUGAGUGCAAAGUGCUGCUCAAAAUAAAAAUAAUAAUAAAAAGCAAAUAAGAAGAAACAAACAAACUAUUAGUGAGCGAUAAAACUGUGAUAAGCAAACGAGCUGCUGAGGCGAACGCGUAGAGCACAGCAAUUAAGAGCAAGAUAAUAUACAAUUUUAAUAAAAGUAAAAUCCGCAGCAAAUUAAAAAGCAAGCGUCACCAAAUGCAGCAGCAACAGUUACCGCAGCCGCAGCAGCACUAAAAGUAAUUAGCGACAGCAAUAACAACAACCAAAGGGGAAACACAGAGAGAGAGAGAGAGAGAGAGCGUAAUAAUAAUAAAAGGGGAAAUAAAAUAAAUGAUGUUGCAAUCUUUGAAACUGCGCACGGAUAAACUAAGCGACAUUCCAGCAAUUGCUACUGAGGAAACUGACAAGGUAGCAACAGGAGGAGCAGCGGCAGCAACAGCAACAGCAACACUAAUAGAUACAGCAACAACAGCAACAACAAUGCUAACAACAGCACCUGUUGCCCAUGUCGCUAAUGGAAUGGCCAAUGGCAGCAGCAGCAGCAGCAGUCUUUAUAACGGCAACGCCACCAGCAACACUAACAAUUUAAAUAACAAUAACAAUAACAACUUGCAACAGCAGCAACACCAACAACAACAACAGCAACUACACCUGCAACAGCAACAACAACCAGGAAAGUAUUUAGAAAAUCUAACGCCUGCAACGGGCGCCAUUGCAACAACAACAACCUUUACAGGUGCUGCUAAAAGUUUUCAUCCCUACUUGCGGCCCAACAGCGGCAACAGCAACACCAACAGCAACAGCAGCAGCAACAUCAGCAGCAACAUAUCAGCAGCCGGAGCAACCGUAGUGACAGCACCAGCAACAACACCCGUUGCUGCUGCAAUGACCAAAACUGCUGGCGGCGUCGGCAUGUCGACAACAUUGUUUGAAACACUUUUGCAAAACCAAAUAAAUUCCAAUGCAACUACAGCUGCCGUCGCCGCCGUUGCCGCUGUCGCUGCCCCUGUUGUGCCCGUUGUUGCCGCCAUGCCAACAACAAUAGCAGCAACAACACCAGCCAUUGCAGCAGCAGCAGCAGAGCCAGCAACAACAACAACAACAGCAGCAGCAGCAGUAGCAACAACACCAACAACAAUUGCAACAGUGGCUGCAGCAACCACAGCAGUUGUUGCUGCGACGCCGACGCUGUUAAAUUCCAGCAUUAAUUCCAGAACUUCAUUAGCCGACCAAAGCGUUGCUGGCACCCCAAUUUGCGAUUCAAGUGCUGCUAACGAGCAACAACUGCUGGCCAUUAAAUGUGAAUCGAUGGAAUCAUCGACGGUGCCAAUGGAUACCACAGAAACGGAGACGGCCAAGGAUCAACCCGAUGCGGACAAUAUCAAAAUGUUUGUCGGCCAAAUACCCAAGACUUGGGAUGAGGCAAAGUUGCGACGGUUGUUCGAACAGUUUGGUCGGGUGCAUACGUUGAAUGUGCUGCGCGAUAAGGUUACAUCGAUUAGUCGAGGGUGCUGUUUUGUCACCUACUAUACGCGCAAGGCGGCUCUGCGGGCCCAGGAUGCGCUGCACAACAUCAAGACCUUGGAUGGGAUGCAUCAUCCCAUUCAAAUGAAGCCUGCAGAUAGUGAGAACAGAAAUGAGCGUAAACUUUUCGUUGGCAUGUUGAAUAAAAAAUACACGGAGGCCGAUGUGAGGCAACUAUUCACGGGCCACGGCACCAUCGAGGAGUGCACCGUGCUGCGGGAUCAGGUUGGCCAAAGCAAGGGCUGUGCCUUCGUCACAUUCGCAACCAAACAGAAUGCCAUCGGGGCGAUCAAGGCCCUGCACCAGAGCCAAACAAUGGAGGGCUGCUCGGCGCCCUUGGUCGUUAAAUUCGCGGAUACACAAAAGGAAAAGGAUCAGAAGAAGAUGCAACAGUUGCACGCCAUCUGUGGCAUCAAUGCACUGACACAGACACCCAGUGGCGCCGCGGCAGCUGCCACAACGCCCACAGCCAAUGCGGCAACGGCAUUAAUUGCCACAGCGCCAACAGCAACACGUCCCAAUCCCUCAAUGGCCGCCGCCUUGGCCGGAGUGCCCACAGUACAAAGCGCCGGCGGAGCGGGAGCUCAGACCGCGACUCUAGUCACGGUGCCCACAUCGGCAGCGCUAAGUGCAACAUUGGCGCCCACGCUCCUCGGCAGCAGUCCGCAUCAUGCACAGACGCCGGGCGCAGCAGCGGCCGCAGCUGCAGCUGCAUAUCUCAGCGCGGAUCCGACGGGCGGCUUGGGACCGGCGUCAGCGGCACAUUUGCAGUUGUAUCAGCAUAUGCAGGCCUAUGGAUUGCAUCCGGCUUACCAUCUGCAAGGGCCCACCAAUGCCGCCGAUCCCUAUGGAGCAUCAGCACUGAGUGGCCUCACCAAUGGAGCAGCAGCAGCCGCUGCCGCAGCCGCUUAUGGAGCCGCACAACCGUUGAACGCCAGCGCCUUGCAGGCAGCAGCCGCCGGUGUGGCAGGCAAACAGAUUGAAGGUCCCGAUGGCAGCAAUCUGUUUAUCUAUCAUCUACCUCAGGAAUUCAUUGACACCGAUCUCGCAUCAACAUUUUUGCCAUUCGGCAAUGUGCUGUCGGCCAAGGUGUUUAUAGACAAGCAAACGAAUCUAUCGAAAUGCUUUGGCUUUGUCUCCUACGAUAAUCCGCAUUCGGCGAAUGCAGCCAUACAGGCGAUGCAUGGCUUUCAGAUAGGCACAAAACGCUUGAAGGUGCAAUUGAAACGUUCCAAGGAUGCGGCCAAGCCAUACUGAAAGAACACAAGGCAACCAUUUUGGGCGUGGCUCACACACAGACAGACAGACAGCAUAGAAAUACAUUAUAUACUUAUAGUUACAACAUUGUGCCUUUUUAGCAAAAAGAAAGAAAAAGUUUUGAAACCAAAGGACCAAUUAAACAAAAAAAUAUACAACUAAUGUUAAGCACACACCAAAAAAAAAACAAACAAACAAAAUAUGCAUCGGAUGCGGGGCAAAGAAAGGAAGAG